AUGAAAGUCAUUAUUGGCUCUCAAGAUGUUUGGGACAUUGUAGAGAAAGGGUAUACAAAGUCCGUUAAUGAGGAAACUUUUCCCUCAAAUGAAAAGAAGGUCGUGUUAAAGACAAGAAAGAAAGAUCAACAUGCCCUCACUCUUAUCCAUCAAUGUUUGGAUGAUGGCAUGUUUGAGAAGGUGGUUGAUACAACCACCUCAAAAGAAGCUUGGGAUAUUUCACAAAAUUCUCUCCAAGGAGUUGAUAAAGUAAAGAAGAUAAAACUUCAAACUCUAAGGGCUGACUUUGAAGUUUUAAAAAUGAAAGAAUUUGAAUCCAUUUUGGAUUUCUGUUCAAGAUUGAUGGUUGUUGUAAAUCAACUAAGAAGAUACAGGGAGGAAGUAGAUGAUGUGCGUGCGGUAGAAAAGAUCCUCCGUUCUUUAACACCUAAUUUUUAUUAUGUGGUGUGUGCUAUUGAGGAGUCUAAAGAUUUAGACUUUAUGACGGUAGAACAAUUAGAAGGUUCUUUACUAGCCCACGAAGAGAAAAUGAAAAGGAGAAAAAAAGAGCCACAUUUGAAUGUGAGAAAAGUUACAAAGGAAAUGGACAAUGGCGAGGCCAUGGAGGUCGUGGAGGCCGUGGAAGAGGAAGAAGUUAUACCAAUAAAUUCAACAAUGAAGAUACGAGUCAACAAUCAUUCAAAGGUCGUGAUCGUGGUCAACGAGGAGGUAGAGGACGUGGAGCUUACCAAGGUACAAAUGAAAUGA